AUGCGACCGGAUCCGUUCGCCGGGCCCAUGCGACCAGAUCCGUUUCGCCUGCCGUCGCCGCCCCGUCGCAUGUGGGCCGACGACGAGCGAGAUUCGGGUCCUCCUCGCGGCGGCCCUGGUCCGAGAGGGAACGCGCCUGGUUACUAUGGCGAUUCCAGGGGCCCUGCUGAUUCCAGAGGGCCGGUACCCGGCGGGUACUUCGACGAAAGGGGUGGGCGGGACGCAGGAGGGUUUGGGGGGCCGGGGCAUUGGGACGGCCCGCCUUCUUAUGGCAUGGGUGCAGGGCACAUGGGUCCAGGCCCGAUGGGUCCAGGUUCAAUGCAUCCCGGCGCUAUGGGCCCAGGCCCGAUGGGUCCAGGCUCGAUGAAUCCGGGUGCGAUAGGCCCAGGGCAGAUGGGCAGGGGAAGGGGGUAUAGAGAUGGGCCUCCGGGGGGCGGUAUGGGCCGUGGGGGCCGUGGUGGUGGUGGUGGUGGUGGAAUUGGAGGUCCUGGGUAUCAGCCUGAUUUCGACCGCUUCGGCCCGGGAUUUCCGGGGCGAGGAGGCGGUUUUGGCGGCGGAUACGGCGGCGGAUUCGGUGGCGGGUUUGGCGGUGGGCGUGGCGAUCUGCAUUCGCGGUCAUUCGGCCCCGGGGGGGGACGUGAGCGUGGGGAGAGGUUUAUGGGAGGUGACGUGUUCGGUGACGUGUCAUUACCUCGGCCGGAGUUCCAGUCGCUGCCACGUGUCGGCGUGGAUCCGCCUCCUAGCCUGGCUCUUCUUGCGCUUUCGCGGAAAAAGAAGGAGGACGCGGAAGCCGCCGCCGCCGCCAGCGGAUUCCGGGAUCUGGAGCGGGAGAGGUUCGAGGCGGAACUAGAAAGGGUUCAGAAUCAGAAGGAGCAGGAGAAGCAGAGGAAAGAGGAGGAGGAGCAGCGGGCGAUGGAGAUGGCGCGGCAGCAGGAGGAGGAGAUGGAGCGGAAGGCGCGUGAGGAGGCGGAGUUGCGCGAGCGCGCGGAGCAGGAGGCGCAGGAGGCGGAACUGCGCGCGCAGAUGGAGGCGGAAGCCGCCGCGCGGAGGCUGGAGGAGGAGCGGCGGAAGGUGCAGGAGGAGAAGCAGCGGAUUCGGGACGAGGAGGAGCGGCGGAAGGAAAACGCGCGGAAGAAGCUGCAGGAGCUGGAGGAGAGAAUUGCGAGAAGGCGAGCGGAGGAGGAGACGAGACGAGCGGAGGGGGGAGGCGACGGGGAGGGAGACUCGAAGGAGGAGCAGGAGCAGGAGAAGGAGCAGGAGCAGGAGCAGGUAGCGGAUAGCUGGGAAGACUCGGAUAGGGCAGACGCCGCAGCAGAAGCGGCAGCAGCGGCGGCAGCUGGUGGUAAGGCAGGAGCGGCAGCGGGUAGGGCCGAAGGGCAGUUGUUAGGCGAAAUGGGUGGCGACACGGAGGAAGUCUCGGAAUCUAUGAAGCAGGAGAUAUUGGAUAAGGCGGGGGCGGAGGCUGGAAGCCUGGAGGAUGGCCAGGGGAACGCAAGGCGAGGGGAAGGGAAGUCGGCGGGAGAAGGCGCGGGGUUGGGGCAAGUGACGGUGGAAGCGGAAAGCGAAGCGGGGAAGCAGCAGCGUGGGGGAGCAGAGGCGCAAAGUGAGCAGCAGGUGCAGCAGCGUGAACAGCAGACGCAGCAGCAGCAGCAGGAGGCGGCGGCGGCGGCGGCGGCGGGGGAAGGGGGGGAGCAAAACAAGGGGGGCGCGCCAGAACUUCCCCCUGGCGCGGAGUUGCGCGGAAUGGACCCGUACCAUGCGCCGUACCCUCCCUCUAGGCACCCCGGCGCAGGCCCGCUGCCCGGGACAGGUCCCAUGCUCUCGUCCUUCGCUUAUAAUCAACCGCUCGCUCGCUACCCUGGAUCACACAUAGACUCGCACGGGUCUCAGGAGCGGUAUUUAGGCGAAAGGCAGCAGGAUAUGUGGGGAGUGGGGGGUAUGGGGGAGAUGGGUGGGAUUGGGCGGGAUUUUGGUGGCGCGGGGGGGAAUGGCGGGGAAUUAGGGUUUGCGCCUUGGAAGAUGCACCAGCAGUUUUUCCCCCCGGGGAUGAUUGGCCCCGGGGGCGGGUUCCCCGGUGCGUCGCAUCUCCUGGUUCCCCCGCACGCGCCCCCGCAUGCGCAGCUUCACGCGCACCCGCACCACGCGCACCCCCACCACGCGCACGCGCAUCACUCCGCGCCCGGGAUGCCCCUUCCGCAGCAGCACCACCUGCACGGGCAGCAGCCGCCGCUGCUGCACCGCCCCGUCACUAUUUCCCCCCCGUCCUCCUCGUUCUUUGGCAAUGGGGACAUCACGCGCGGGUUUCACAUGCUCGGGGCCGGCGGCACAGGCGGGGGCGCGCAUGCCGCCAUGGGGAUGGGCGCGGGGGGGGUAGGGGGCGGGGGAGGGCCGUUCGCGGGCCCGCCAGGCGGAGCUCCCCCGGGUGCGCCGCACCAGUACUUUGAUAAGUCUGUGGGGCCCACCCCCAUGCGGAACCAGUACAUUGGCGGACCAGGCCCCGUGGGGCGGUUUCCGCCAGGGAACCCCAUAGGCGCGGUUGGCGCAGCUGCGGGGGGAGCGGGCGGGAUGGGGCGCGCGGUGGGGGUGGUGGGGGAGCCAGGGGGACUGGGUCCCGCGGGGCUGGGGGGGAGGCAGUAUCAGGAGCGCAGGGGGGAUGGCCAGGGGGGGGAUUACUAUGGGCGGGAGGAAGGCGGACUGGGGGGCGUGGAUGGGGGCGCGGGGGGAAGGGAUAGGCGGUGGGGAGCGCCUGGGGAUCAUCUGGAGGGGCGGAGGGGGCCUUUAGGGCCGGAGGGGGGUUACUCUCAGCAGCAGCAGCAGCAGCAGCAGCGGCAUUAUCAGCACCCGCAGCAGCAACACCAGCAGCAUCAGCAGCAUCAGCAGCAUCAGCAGCAUCAGCAGCAGCAGCAGGGUAUGGUAGCGCCACAGCAAAAUCAGAAUCAGCAGCAGCAGCAGCAGCAGCAGCAACAGCAGCAACAGCAGCAGCAGCAAACACAGAAGUUGCAGGGAGAAACGCCGGAGCAGCAGCGGGAGGGGGGACAGCUGACUCAGCAGCAGCAAUCUACAGGGUCAAUGCAAGUUAAACCUUCACCAGACGCCACGUCAGCAGACGUGGUGGACGAGCUUGGCGCGCUUCUCGCCUCGAAACUGGAGGUCGGCGCUCAGGACCAACCAAAUGUAGCGGCAUCAGAAAUAUCCCCGUCUGCCACGUCAGAUGCUGGCGUCACCGAGGCUGCCACGUCAUCGAUCGCAGCGACUUUGCCAGGUGGCAGAACCAGCGGAAUAACGCCAUCCACCUCCCCCAGUCCGCACCUCCCCUCAGCCUCAGCCGCCUCUCUCGCUCCCAUCGCUCCUGCAGUCUCCUCCCCUGUUUCCCGAUCCCCCAUUGGUCCAGACGUAUCCGUGGGCCUGUCCUCUCCUUCCCAGUCCCUUCCCCAGGCCCUCGCCCAAUCUCUCCCCCAAACCCUUCCCCCACCCCUCCCUCCGCAUGCUGUUGACGCGUUUGGUUCUGGUUCGUCCUCAUACCCGUCUGUGUCAUCCUCGUUUGUGUCUGCUUCGUCAUCUUCACAAGCGAUUCCUUCUGUAGCACAGUCAGGAGUGGCCCCUUAUAUGAUUCAGAUUGGCUCCAUGCCCAUUCCUUUCAGCAUGGGCUCUCUCGGACAGGAUGAAAGCAAUUCCGGCUCUCAGCUGCCCGUUUUCCAGUUUGGGCAGAUUGGUGUGCCCGCUUCGUCUCCUUCGCCGAUCCUGGACGGAUCGAUGGCCGAGGCUCUUUUAGGUAUGGAUGUGGGAGGGCAUGUAGGGGCAGGCGUGGGGAAUACAGCAGUAGGAGGGGUAGGCUCAGGUGUGGGCGUUUCUGCAAGCACAGCAGGGCAGCAGCGGCAGCAGCAGCAGCGGCAGUUGUCGGUAAAUCAGCAGGGUGUGCGGGAUUCCACUGUGACUGGAACGGGUGCCGAACCUGCUGGUGAGGCUCGGAUGGAUUCCCGGGCCUCCCAAUCCGUGCCGCUGUACUCUGGUUCGGGUGAAGGGGGAGGGUUAGGGAGGCAUGAGGCUGCUGCUGCAUCUGCUGCAUUAAUACAAGGAAGCGCGUCAGGAGCAAGCAGAGUGAAAGUAGCAGAGGUGGCAGCAGUAGCUGUGUGGCAGUAG